AUGUAUCGCUCCUGGUGUUUUGACCUAUUGGAUUGGGAAAUAAAGAAACUAAAGAAAAAGAUUCCUGCCAGCUACAAAAAACUGGAGGAUGACAUCUCUCUCUUUAAAUCCAUUGUAUCUCCCUUUGAUGCAAAUUGUUUACUGUCUAUCAUUGAUAAAAAUGUUAACAAGAAAUUAAGCAAUGUUGACUUCAGACACUGCAGAAAGUUACUAAAAUUAGGCAUUGAUCUGAGUAAAAAGGUUGACAAAAACAAAGUCAUCUUCAAUUUUUCUGAUAAGAUAUCAAAUGAUCAAAAAGAUCUACUCUCUUUAGGUCUGGAUUAUUGUAUGCCACCUAACACCAUUAACCACACACAUUUUUUUCUUUGCUUUGAAAAACUGUGUCAUACCAUCCGAAACUGUAAGAUUUAUAAAGAAAGGUGGAACCAUAUCACAAGUACCAUCUCUAUUGUGGCUAACAACACAUUCAAGAAAUUUAAACAUUAUAUCAAGAACAACCAUGAACAUCAUUCGUUCUUUACUUCACUGAAAUCUUUAAAGGACGAUGAUAAUAUCAUCAUUACCAGACCAGAUAAAAGUCGGGGAAUCGUUAUCCUUAACAAAGACGAUUACCAAAGCAAACUACAGUCCAUACUGGAUGAUAGCUCCAAAUUUAAACGAAUUAGCUGUGAUACUGCUAGUUAUCUUUUAAAGCUAGAAGACAAAUUGAAUAGGUUGUUACGCCCUAUAAAAACAUCUAUUGGGGAAGCCACUUCUUCUGGCUCAAAACCUGGUUUCUUAUAUGGCUUGCCUAAAAUACACAAACUUGGUCAUCCCCUUCGGCCCAUCAUUUCAGCAGUUGGUACUUUCAACUACAACAUUGCCAAAUUCUUAGUGAAGAUAAUCUCCCCACUAACGAUCAAUCAGUAUAUGAUAGACAACUCCUUUGCUUUUGUCAAAGAAAUUUGCUCACUAAAACCCUUACGCCCUGUUACUAUGGCCAGUUUUGACAUAGAAGCACUAUUUACAAAUGUCCCACUAAGAGAAACAACAGAAAUAAUAGUUAACAAAACUACCACUUUGACUCUAAAUGAGUUUGGUCUGGACAAAACAACCUAUGGAAAACUUUUAGACAUCGCUGCUCACCAUUCAGUAUUUACUUUUAAUGAAUCUCUUAACACUCAAGUUGAUGGCGUAGCAAUGGGAUCACCACUUGGCCCUUGUUAUGCUAAUACUUUCCUUUGUUAUCAUGAACAAGCUUGGCUCAAUAACUGCCCUUCGAGCUUCAAACCAAUUUAUUACCGUCGAUACAUGGACGACACUUUCCUGCUUUUCAAUGACCCCUCUCACAUUAAUCCUUUUAUGUCUUAUCUUAAUUCACAACACCCCAACAUUAGAUUUACCUGUGAAGCUGAACAAAACAAUAAACUAUCAUUCUUAGACACUACCGUUACAUUUCAUAAUGGUUGUUUUUCUUUAUGGUUUUAUGUUUUUUAUGUCGCAAAAGCAGCCUCAUGUCUAUCUUGUAAUCUUAAAAUCAUGAGCUUCGAAAGUCAUGGAACGAAGGUUGAAGACACUCCAACAUUAGCAGCUGCUAGAUCUUACUAG